AUUUAAAUAAAGGAAUAUGUUAUAAAACACAAAGAAUGAGUCAAAAUAAAUUAGGGAAAAUGUUACAUCAAAUUGCAAAUUUAACAGAUAUUAAUUUGUCUGAUGAUCAAAAAAUUGUUAACCAUAGUUGGCGUAGAAUAGCAAUACAAAUGCUUAAAGAUGAAGAUAUUCCAGAGGAUAGAAUUAUGGAAUUUUCUGGUCACAGAUCACGAGAAGGAGUAAGAACUUACAAAAGUUUAGAUGAAGCAAGAAAAAUUCAGAAUAUUGUUAGCUUAAUUCCUUUAGAUAUUGAAGAUAUUGAAGUGGAAGAAUUUGAAUAUUUUCCUGGAAAUUCAUAG